GCGUAGAGUCCUGCGGGCAGGCGGCAGCUGCGUAGGGACCACCUCGGUCCCGACCCUGGUGUCCCGGGCAAGAUGUGGCGGCGCUGGGAAGUGGAAUAUGACGAGAAAAGGGAGCUGCGGGACCUUAACUCCCGGCUGCGGGUGUUCGUGUCCCGCGUGCGGGAGUUGGAGGAGGAGAACCGCUUUCUGGCGAGGGAGCUGGCGGAGCUCCGGGAGCAGGAGCUGAUCGGGCUGCGGGUGCCCGAACAGGAGCUGGCCUGGCUGCGGAUGCAGCUGGAGGAGUUGAGUCGGGCGAAGCUGGAAGCUGAGAUGGAGCGGGACGGGCUGCGGCGUGAGCUGGAGCAGUUGCAGCUGCUGGGCGCCGAGGUGCUGGCGAUGCGGCGCCGGCUGGAGCCCGAGCUGGCCGGGCAACGUCAGCUGCUGGAGCGGCUGAGGGUCGAGUGUGUCGACCUGGAGGAGCUGCUGCUGCAGCUGCAGGCUGAGCACGGGCACCUGGCGGAGCGGCAGAGGCAGGAGGUUGUGGAGAUGCGGGAGUUACGGAUGGACCUGGCCGCUUUGCCACCGCCCUUGGCCGGGCUGAGCCUGGAGGAGCUUGAGGAGACCUAUGAGAUGCUGCUCAGCCAGAGCUGCCGGGAGACUCUCCUGCGCUAUCAGGAGCAGCUGCAGGUGCUGCAGGAGCAGGAAGCUCAGCGGAACCAGGAGAACCUAGAGCUCCUGCGGGAGGAGAGCCGGCAGUGUCGCCAGCACCUGGAGGACCUCCAUCGCCAGGGCCAGGAGCUGUGUGAGCUCCGGGAGCGGCUGGAGCAGGAGCUGCUCGCCUUGCAGGACCGCCACGGUGCCGAGGUGGAGGAGUACCAGAGGAUAAUUGAUGCCCUAGAAGAAGAAAAGCAGUUCCUGACCAUGUCAAUCACAGAUUACUUGAAGGACUACCAAGAACUACUGCAGGUGAAAGCAGGCCUCAUCCUUGAAAUUGAAACAUACAGAGCUUUGUUAGAAGGGGAGAGCAACCAGUGGAUUAUUACAUGGAGAGAUCAGUAUAAAGGGAAAUUGCCUCAAGAUAUUGUAAACACUUCAUAUAACUACACUGAUAUUUACUCUACUUAUCAAGAAAGAAAUAGAAAUAAAGCUUCACCAGCUAUCAGGAUCACUGAUACAAGACAUAGAAUGCCUGUGACAAACACCAGCAGUUCUGCACGUUAUUCAAUUCAAUCGACACAGACUGGAUCCCAGACAUCAGCUAGUGGAAGAGCUCCUGGAAGAGAUCUACUUGGUUCAGGAUAUCGUCCUUCCACGACUAUUACAAAGGAUGAAAGGAUUGUAACAGACCACAAAGAAUUUAGAACAUUUACUCCAGCCUCCAGCAGCUGGAGAAGCACUGAAAUGCAGCAAAAGACAAUUCCAGAAAGAAAGAAAACAGAAAUCACAACUUCAUCCACAGUAUCUUUUUCAAAGGAAUCUGCUGAAAGAUCAGCCAAGGACCACAAGGCUGACACAAAGCCAGGGAUUUCAGAAAGUACAACAACAAAACCAAACUUGACUAGAUUUCCAGCUUAUGAGCUGAAUACUGGUUUUAAACCAUCUAAAUAUGAAGAAACCAUAACUGAAACUCGGACCACAGUCAGAGAAAAAAGAGGAGGCAGCAAACCAUCUGAAGAGAAAACAUUUCUGUUGAAAGAAAAAGAUAAGCUAGAGAAACAAACAAAAGAAGAGAAAAAGAAAACAGAUGAGAAACCUUUGAUUGAAGAAAGAAGUGCUGAUUUUGGAGGGAAGACUGAGCAGAAAACAUAUAUCCAUGAGGAAGUCAUUAACCAGAAGUUAACCGAGGGUGGUGUUUCUAACGCUAGAACUUCGAGAAGUGAAUCAACCAAAAAAGAUACAAAUGUAGCCUUGGACACAAGAAGCAAAGAUGUCAUUGAGAUACCCAUCAGUCUUGAAAAGCCUGCUUCCCACCAAGAAUCUCAGAGUAGUAAAGAAACAAGGGUACGAGUGGUUAAAACUUCCAUAGGAAGAGAAACAGAUGACCAUGUAACUAAGCCUGCUGAAGUUCCCAAAGUGAGUCUUUCAGAAGCAGAAGCUAGUCUGAAAGAUGAAGAGCAAAUUGAUGACAGCAGUUAUAAAAUAGGAACUCAGACAACUGAAAACAUAGCAGAGAAUAUUGUUGCUGACAUUCUUAAAAGUUUUACACAGUCUUCUAAUUCACAAGUCUCAACAGACACGAAAGUGACCUAUUUUAAUAAAGAAGAACAAGCAGAUGAUGGGAAAAUGAAAACUGAGAUCACAGUGCAAUCUCAAGUUCAAGAAAAUAUAGAUAUUUCUGACCAAGGUGAUGCAGGAGGUCUAUCAAACCAAGAUGUUAGAAAGGUGAUUCGAGAGGGUGUUGCAGGAACUCCUUCCAAAGAGGAGAUAGAAGAUAUAGUACAUCAUGGCCUGAAAGGAAAUGAGGGUGGAAAGAACGUGUCUGUUAACGUUGAGAUUGUAGAGGAGCUACUAGAUGAUGCCACUGAUGAAAGGACGGAAUUUUCAACACCUUUUGAAGUAGAAGAAGUGGAAGAUACGUACCCUGAGAGAGAGAGGCGUUACGGUGAUGAGGAGGAAGUAACGUUCACAUAUGAGGAUGUUAAGAAGAAGAAACAAGGCCGAGAGAGUUUCACUCAUGUGGAAGAAGUAACCGAGGAAGAUGACUCACCUAUUGAACAAAAGUAUUUUGUAUCAGUUCCAGAUGAUCAUCCUAUUGCUGAUGAAAAAGAUGAUGACUCAGUAUAUGGGCAAAUUCAUAUAGAAGAAGAGUCAACUAUUAAAUAUUCUUGGCAAGAUGAAUUUUUGCAAGGUACACAAAGUAAGAGAGACGAAGGUGUAAGCUCUCCAGAGGAAACAUACCAAGUAGUAGGGGAGGAAGCAAGUGCCCAUAUUUUAAAAGAGCAUCCUGAAGGUGAAUCAUCCCAUGUUGAAUCUGUUGUUAUUGAAAAAGAAAUUAAAAUUCCCCACGAAUUUCAGACUUCAAUAAAAGGGCUUCUAUCAAAGGAAACCAAAGACCCUAAACAUCAAUUGAAGGAAGCUUUGGAGCAGCUGGAGGGCAGUCUCCCAGAAAGUGUGAAAGAAGAGUUGUCUGCAUUAACAAAACAAAAUCAAGCUGACUCUAGCAGCUUAGAAUUCGAUAUCAAAAAAGUUGAUCAAAAGAAGGAAGGUGGUGUGGUGACAAUUGUUGCUGAAGUCAAUCUGUCACAGACCCUUAAUGCCAAAGAAUUUGAUGCAGCUCAGCUUGAUGAAGUGAUUGCGGGUGAGAAGGAGAAGGCAACGCUGCACUCCAUGACAAAAGAGAGCUCGGAGAGAGUUGUGGAUGGCAGAAGUGACUUAGAUAUUUCUUCCCAUAGCAGUAAAUACACUCCUUUGGCUGAUCAAGAAAUCUAUAACUCAUCUACCGUGAGGAGGAGUGGUGGUGCAGGGUAUCACACCACUGAAGAAGUCAUUUAUGACGGUUCUGUUUUGGGAACUGCAGAUUUUGGAGAAGUCUCUCGCUCGGCACAAUCAGCUGAUGGGACCACAUCUGUGAGGCACAUUCAGGUUGGUCCAGCAGAAGUUCAGAGAUUUGAGCAGAUCAUGUAUGAAGGGCCUGGUUCUGAAACUCUGGAGCUCAGAGCUGCUGAAGAUCUUGUCCAGACCGAGGGAUCGUCAGAGUUUAGCCGAUCUGUAAGGCAUUAUAAACUGGGUCCUAAAGAAAUCCAAACCACGGAAGAAGUAAUUUAUACAGGCCCUAUUACUACUACUGUAGAAGAGAUUGAUUCUGGAAAUCUUUCCCAGAAGUUUUCAACAGACUUCAACAGGUCCACAAGACGUGUCACAGUAGGAUCAAGACAAAUAACUGAAGAAGUUUCUUUUGGAGGGCCUGUUUCGGGCUCUGUGGAGCUCAGUAGCUCAGGUAACCUUUCUCAGGCAGAAGGGUCUGUAGAUGUCAGCAGAUCAACGAGGCACUUCAGAUUAGGUCCAACAGAGGUUCGUACUGAGCAAGUUAUCUUUCAAGGACCAAUUUCUGGCAAAGUGGAAGUCAGUGAUGCUAGAGACUUCUCACAGACAGAAAGUUCAAUCAAACACAUUCAGCUGGGUCCCCAAGAGUUUAUGACAGCUGAAAAAAUCAUCUACCAUGGCCCCAUCUCUGAACACACAGAACUUGCACAAAUAGGAGAGUCAUCUGAGAGCAGUCAGUCUGUAAAGCAUAUUAAAGUAGGAUCCGAGGAAGCAUCUUUUACUUUUCAAAUGGAUGUUUCCAAUAUGGGUGGAAUAUCCACAGUAAGAAGUGGAGAACAAGCAACAAUGCUGGUAUCUCAGAAGCAAGACCCUUCUGUUGGUCAGCCACAGAUCAUAGCUGAAAGUGACCAGAUUGUAGAACAUGAAAAUAAAAGUGGUGGCUAUGUUCUCUCCAGUUUCUCUCAAGACCAUGGUGAAAAUGUAGUGGAAAAGUCAUUUUUUGAUCAAACUGUACAGAUGCAAAGAAUGGUAGACCAAAGGUCAGUCAUUUCUGAUGAAAAGAAAGUUGCUCUUCUCUAUCUGGACCACGAAGAAGAAGAAGAUGAUGAUAAUGAUGGACAGUGGUUCUGAAAGGACUUUCUAAUGAAAUCUACUUAGUAUACUAUUUAUGCAUCCUUUUGAUUAUCCUUUAAAAAAAAACAAAGAGGAAAAAAUGAGGAAGCGCUCAACACUAUUGAGAUUAUUAAUAGUGGACUGAGAAGUAGUGAAUCUGAGCUUCUACCUAUUGAGCACACUUUUCACUUUAUUGGAAAUUUUAUCUGGGGGAGAAAACAUAUUAUUGGUAUGUUUUCCUCAGAGACCUGUGUCCAGUAAUUUGAGCUUUUCCCACCCGCAGAGCUGGGAAUUUGCUACUGGGUAAUUCAGAGGAUUGUAUUUUUUCAUUUGUUCUGUAGCAGGUCUGUUAGUGUGUACCUGAAUAGGGCUUUUCCAUUUAUUUUUUAUUUAAAUACUGUAUUGCACUUGGUUACUAAAAUAUUCAGCAAUCUCAAGCUACUGACCAGAGUAUAACAGGCUAGGGAGAGUGGUAAGUAGCUGAUUUUCAGUUCUCAUCUGCAAUACCUAAUGAGAACAUUUAAAGAUACAGUUAUUACAGCUAUGACAAAUAAAUGCAAUUCUGUGGGAUGAAACUAAGCCUAGCAAGAAUUGACAAAAAUUAUAUUGUUUGUAUAGCUAGAAUGCAGUGAAAAAAAAGAGAUAAAAGUGAAGCAAAAAUUUUUCACAGUGUUCUUAAUAAGAAAUAGAGGUUUUUAUGGUUAGAGAGUAGCCCAUUUAAUGUCUUCUAAAAGAGAACAAAUUUAAAUAGGCUGGAUAGUAUUUCCCUUGAAGUAAGGAGAAAUCAUGAUAACUUCAGUGACUAUGAACAUUAGUAACAUCAACUUAUUUUGGAGUAUAUGGGUUACCUUGAUACUAGGUGUUGCUAAAGGUAAGAGUGAGGUGUCAAGCAUUAUUAUAUAAUGCUUAAUUUCAUAACACAGUGAAAUUAGCUCAUACGUGCUCUGUUCUGAAGAAAACCUGUACAAAUGGCAUCAAUGACAUACAUGAUCAUUGUGUGCCAAGUAAUUUCCAGAUAAUCCUUUCUUUGUUUACAAAUGUGAAGAUGCCUUUUUCCAUUACUAGCCCUGCAAAUGCAACCUCAGAUUUUAGUGUUUUGGGUUUUUUUUCCUGGUUGUAACAUUUGCCUGAGGCAAAAGUUGGUUUCUACUUAAAUAAUUACAGAAUAAGCCAAUUUCACUUGGGUUGCACCUUGGUUAAAUGAAAGACAUACUUUAACUUUACAAUGAUAAUUCAGACUUCAAAGUCAGGUCAGAAGCCAGCACCGCUAAUUGCACUGAACUGUGCAAUGCUAGCAGAAGCAAAAAUAGCAGCUGAAGUAUUUUUGUCACUGGGAUAGGAAAGAUGCCCUAUUUGACACAUAAGAGAAAUGAGAUACACAAAUGAGAAGCUGCUGUUUUUCCAUGCACACACACGCACAUUCACUCUCGCUCUCUCACACCUUCUCUGCAGAGUAAAACACACCUGUGUCCGGGUGGCUGUUGUUAUGCCAGCCUGGUGGUUGCUGACUCAGAACUUUUUUCCUGUGGUUAUGUAAGCCUCGUUUUGUGUGUGCUAAGCCAUUCUAGAAUCCAGCUUAAACUGUCUUAGUCUGGCAUGGCUAGUCACUUUUCAGAUUCCUUAAUAUUAACAGAAGCUGGGUUUUUCCAAACUGAUUGCUGCUUUCUACCAUGAAUGUAAACACAAAACUAAAGAGAAGCUCCAUGCUGACUGACAUAUCCUGCUGUUUCAGACAGGAGAUAGAAUAAUGGUUGUGUCCCUUAGUAACUAAGUUUGAAACUGUACAAAGCUCUUAAUGUGCCAAAGAUUAACUCUUGAGUUCUGUCUGCACUGCAAAAUUUCCUCAUCUUGCCUAAGUGUGAGCACCAACGUACAUGGAAUUGGUUCUUUUUUGACUAUGUACUAUGAAAUCAUUUGUUGCAGUUGGAAGUGUUAACCAACAGUUGGAAAAUGAAUAGGAAACUGAGCUCUGUGGAAGCACUAAAGGCACAUAUGCUAAGCUUUUUUAUACUGCUUACUGUGCAAUGGGUAAUCUUUUGUCAAAAAAAGCUCAGAAAAAGUCCUGUGCUUCCAUUUACAAAUAGGAUGGUAUUAGUUGUAAUACCUUUAUACUUCUGUUUCCUUAGCUGACCUUAUGAUUUUGAAGAUGAUAAUACCUCUGUGUUCAGUUGUGUGUCAGUCAAAAUUUUCCAGCGAGGUGCCCAACUGCCAGCAAUCAGAUUCUAUACUUCAGGUAUUAACUGCAUAAUAAAGGAAGAAAUCAAGUCUAUAAUAAGCAACAGAGUUAAAAAAAUAAUUAGCGUUAGUUUUCUCCAAGUUUUAUUCUAAGCUGACACUUAAACAUUCUCUGUAAAACAGACUGAAGAAUUACUACAGAAAACUUCUUUUUAACUCACAAAAAGCUCCUUACAAGGCUUAACCCAUUUAUUGGUACAGGUUCACAGAUUGCAUGGGGUUGGAAGGGACCUUCAGAUGUCAUCUUGUCCAAUCCCAGUGCCUUACGGAAUCUGACAGUUUUCCUCAGGAACGACUAGACCAACAUUAUUGCAUUUAUCUUCACCUGCUUAGUGAAUUAUAAUGUCAGAAGAAGGAAUAAACAAAUAAGGAGCAAGUGAAUCAUAAAGUGUAGAUGGCCUUAGCAUUGAAAGGGGGGGGAGGGAAUCAGUAUUGUUUCUACUGAGGCAGCAACAGCUCUUUUAAAGUUCCUUUACACAUCACUGUCAGGUAUAGUAGGUUAUACCAAGAUAGAUUUCUGGUUUGAUUGUCUGGAGGGAAAAUAUUGUCCUGUGUACUUCAGUUAUAUUUAAAACCAGGGCUUUUAUCAACUGUUGGAAACUUAGCUUACUGCAGGGAGCUGGGAACGUGCAUUGGCCUGAAAUUUAAAGACAUGCACAGUUCCUUCACAUGAGUACUUUUGGGCUGUAAAAACAAAGCUAUCUCAUGUGAAAAGGGUUCAAGUUUUAAAAACUCUUGGUGUAAGCAGCCUAUUUUCCAUUUAGUUCUCAUUAACUCUGGGGACAUUUUGACACAGUACUAUCCAACAGCUACAAUUACCUUCAGGCAGCAAAAUGUAGUUAGGAGAACAGUUGCAUCCUGCUGGCCUAAUAGUUGCAUUUGCAGAGUCAGGGCCAUAGGUUACUAGUAAGAGCAAAUACAGCCUAAUGCCUGAUGUGCUUACCUUGUACAAUCACUUUCUACCUAAGUACUAUAACCUGUGUCUGAAAGGAUUGGUAUAACCUCAAUAAGCAUGUGCUUCUGAAGCUUACUCAUUUAAGUUGUGCUUGUCAUUAAAUACAAAUAAGAACUUUACUGCUGAGUUUGGAUUAAACAAAGUGCUUUUGAAAUAUGAUUAGUAUUUGGGGAGGAGGCGUGUUAAAAACAAUGUAUUUAUGUGCUGAUAUAGAUCAGAAGUGGGGCACUGUUUUCCAAAUGUGUGAACUGCUGGUCUAGAAAGCAAAUACAGCAUAGAAUAGAAAGAGGUGUGAGAGACCUGGAACUCUGUAUUGAGUUGUGUUUGUGAAUAGCAGGUGUUUAAAGAGACGGUAAGAAUGUUGAAACUGGGCUUGUUGAUGUCAGCUUGGGUGAAGCUUUGCAGGCAGCUUGUGUUUUGGUCAUUUGCAAUGAAACAGCAUUUUUGUGGUGGUAUAAGCUUUGUGAUUUUACACUUUUUCACUCUUGAGUAUUAAACAAAUCAAAAUCAA